AUGUCCGAACCAGCUUACACUGCGAACAGCACCAACCACCAAGUCCCAACCCUGAAACACUGUCCCAGCGCAACAGAUCUGGAUAUGGAGUACACCAGAGAAGCUCCGAUUGAAGAGAAGCCCUCGAAGCGACAGUUCUUCAAGCGAAGCAAGACGGAACCAGUACCAACCUGGAAGCGCGAGCAGGAGAAGAAGUUCAAGGAUUGGGAGAAAGCAAUGAGCAAGCAAACGAGCAGCACCAGUACCUUCACCGACUUCUACCGCCCAAGCAAAAACAACAAAGCCUGGUGGAUCUUCUGGCUAUGA